UCGGUCUCCAGUUCAGACGUGUUUAUUGAGACAGUAGUUUGUAGUUUGCAUGAAUCUGAAACAAACAGCAGUUGAUGUGCAAGUAUGCACAGGAAAAGACUGAGGUUAUUAAAGUGACGCCUUUUCCAUCGAGAAAUAUAAUCGGCGACCGACAUGGGGACGACCUUUGCAAUCGCUUUAGUAUUUAUUGGAUGUUGUAGUAAUGUUGUGUUUCUGGAGCUCCUUGUAAGAGAUUUCCCAGGAUGUGGUAACAUUGUCACCUUUGCACAGUUUUUGUUCAUUGCUGUGGAAGGUUUUAUCUUUGAAAGUAAAUUUGGUAGGAAAAAAACUGCUAUCCCUAUAAGCAACUAUGUCAUUAUGGUAACAAUGUUCUUCUUUGUGAGUGUGGUGAACAACUAUGCACUGAACUUCAAUAUUGCCAUGCCACUACACAUGAUCUUCAGAUCUGGGUCACUUAUUGCCAAUAUGAUCCUGGGUAUAAUUAUCCUGAAAAAGAGGUAUUCUACCAGCAAAUAUCUUUCUAUAGCAUUGGUAUCCAUUGGCAUUUUCAUAUGCACAAUAAUGUCAGCUAAACAAGUGCAAAACACUGCCAAUGAGGGAUCAGAUGAUGGAGUUUAUGCAUUUGUCCACUGGCUCAUAGGCAUUGCAAUGCUGACAUUUGCUCUGCUAAUGUCUGCAAGGAUGGGGAUUUUUCAAGAGACUUUGUAUAAAAAAUACGGAAAACACUCCAAAGAGGCCCUGUUUUACAAUCACUGCCUGCCUCUUCCCGGCUUUCUGCUGCUCUCCACCGACAUCUACAGAUACUGUGUUUAUUUCAGCCAGAGCACUCCCAUGACAGUUCCAGUUGUUGGCUUGACUAUGCCUAUAAUGUGGUUCUACCUAUUUAUGAACGUCAUUACACAAUACGUGUGCAUUCGAGGCGUCUUCAUUUUGACCACAGAGUGCGCGUCACUCACAGUCACGUUGGUCGUGACACUGAGAAAGUUCUUGAGUCUCAUCUUCUCCAUUAUUUACUUCCAAAACCCCUUCACUCUGUGGCACUGGGUUGGCACAGCUGUGGUCUUUCUGGGUACCCUUCUGUACACCGAGGUCCUGAACAGUUUGCACACAGCCCUACUCGGACCACCCACCAAAGAAAAGAAAAAGGAGUGAAGCAGUAGUAUUCAAGUUUUAGACGAUCAUGCAAGUUUGAUAUCAAAUAAUGCACUGGAAAGAAACACCUCCUCUUCUUGUUUUUAUUUUCUUCAUUUGGUGAUGUCAUGCAGUUUCAUUAUGCUCUGGUAUUUUAGCAGGUACUUACAUGUUAUAAAUGGAAUUUCCUACAUUAUUUUAGUCUUACAGUUCCAAUUUAUUUUUCACAUGUUAUGCAGUACUAUAGGUCAGGGCACAAUGCUGAUAACUCAUAAAAUGUGAAAUUUCAAACUUGAAUAUUGGUAAGAGAUGUGUUUAGUCUCAGGCUUUUUUGAGUAGUUUGUGAAGUGUCUGUAAAGUCACUUGUUUAUAAAUAAAAUAACUACAUUAAUAAUGUGAAGAUAAAAUGAAUUUGUUUGUGGGUAAUUGGCAAGUGCAUCAUUCAUUUUAGCGCACAGAAGCCCCAACCUUUAAAAUAAAUU